AUGAUGGAGACACUGCUAAACACCAUGCAAGGCUUGCGACAAGACUUUGGACAAAUGGCCGCCUCCAUAAAUAGGCUCGAAGCUCAAGAAGAGUUGCCACCCCAAACUGAAGCAAAUCCCAAACAAGAUGAAAGUGCCAUCAUGUUAAGAAGAGAGCAAGAACUUCAAGAUGAUGAGGAUGAAGAUGAAAGUCCCCAAGAAACAGGACCUGCUGCUGUCCCAAAGACAAUACCAGCAGAAAAUCCUGCAGACCAGCAAUUUGCAAGACCAGCAACUGCUCUGUUUGCCCAAACAGGACAGUCCCCUGCUGAAAUUACCCAACCAGCAACUGCUGUGUUUGCCCAAACAUCAUCUUCUGUAGCACAGCCCACUGCUGUGGAGGACAGCCAAGAAGAUGAAAAGAGCCAAGUGGAGCUGCAACACACAGCAAAGGACUUCUGCCUAGAGCAGACAGACUGCUGUUCGCCCAAACAGACUGGGCAAACAAGCAGACAGGAGACAAAACAUGAAGAUGACUGUUUGCCCAAGCAACCAGCAAAGGCAGAUCAAGCAAGCCUCUGUUUGCCCAAACAGGUUCAGCAGCCAACUGAGACAGAAUGGAGACCACCCAAGUCAAUUCAGCAAGAAAACCUCAGUUUGCCCACAUCAGUUGCCCAAACGGCUGUGGCAGAACACUGUUCACCUGCAAAAUCAACAGAAAAGCAACCAGUAAGUUGUUGUUUGCCCAAACAGCAUGAAAAAGGAGAAUCCAGCACAACCAGAUUUCUGGCACAAGCAAGUUGCUGUUUGCCCGAACCACCAGCAGAGGAAAAGGAGGCAGAAGCUUGUUUGCCCAAACAAGCUAUACAGAAAGAACAAACAGAUUGCUGUUUGCCCAAACAGCAAGAGGAGACAGAAAUCUGUUUGCCCAAACAACAAGAGGAGGCAGAAAUCUGUUUGCCCAAACUAGUUCAGGAGACAGCCCAAACAGAAUGCCUACCCAAACCUCCGGAUAAGAAAAUGGAGUAA